AUGUCGCGACCAUCGUCAUCGCGCUCUUCGCCUACUCCAUCGGACAUCGUCUUUCCUGACCCUCCGACCGCCAACAUUUCUGCCUUGGCGUUUUCGCCCACCCCCUCGACUUCGACUAGCAUCCUCGCAGCCAGCUGGGACCAUGGCGUGCACCACUACCGGCUCGACGAUGGGCGCGCUGUGAAGGUGCAGACGUUCGCGCACGAGGCGCCUGUGCUUGACGUGUGCUUUGUGAGCGAUACGAUCGCUGCGUCUGCAGGCGUGGAUCGGCGCGUGCGGCUGCACGAUCUGGGGACGGGCAAGACGAUGGUUGUGGGUAAACACGAGGAUGCGGUGUUGAAGUUACGGUGGUGCGCAAAGACGCAGCUGCUCGUCUCCGGAUCGGCGGACAGGACGUUGCGGUUCUGGGAUGUGCAUAGCGGCGAGGGGAUCAAGGCACUCCGAAUGCCGGAUAAGGUGAUUGCGAUGGACAUUUCACCAGCCUUUGCCAGCGUCCAGGCCGGGCCACUGCCAACCGCAUCGCAAGGGGGAAAGUUGGCGGAGCGCGAUGAAACACCCAGGCUGGUGGUUGGGAUGGCUGGACGACACGUAUACGUCUACGACCUGGUCCCACUGCGUGCUGCGAUUGAUAGGGAGAAGAAGGGGGAGAAGGUGGAGGACCGCGAUUGGGAGCCGGACCAGAAACGCGAGUCGUCGCUCAAGUUCAUGGCGCGCGAUGUGCGAUGUAUGCCCUCCGGCGACGGCUAUGCAACGUCGAGCAUCGAAGGUCGAAUCGCCGUCGAGUUUUUCAACCCCAAACCGGCGGUUCAGGCGCUCAAGUACGCCUUCAAAUGCCAUCGUGAAACUAUGGACGAUGAAGAAGGACCCUACGAUACGGUCUACCCCGUCCACGCUAUUGCUUUCCACCCCACGCACGGAACAUUCGCAAGUCUGGGCGGCGAUGGUGUGGCGAGUGUCUGGGACGCAGGCGCAAAGAAGCGCAUUCGUCAGUACCCGCGUUUGGACUCCACCAUCACAGCUGCCGCCUUCGACCCCUCCGGCCACGUCUUGCUCAUCGCCACGGGCACCGAUGCCGUGGAACCAAUCAACUCCCCCAACGCCGUCACACUCAUUGCAAAGACCAACGUGCACGAAGAGUGCAAGCCCAAAUCCAAGUCAUCGUCGAAAUCGAAAAAGUAG